AAAGCGGAAGCAGUUGUUUCCCCACUAAUGGCAGCUUACUGAGCUCCACUAGUUGUACAAACUAACUUAACUAACUAACCAACCCAUCAUCAGACCGCCGUUCACACCGGAGACAUGGGACCGCGGAGACUCCGAGAGGGGGGAACUCUUCUCAGCGACUCAACAACAACUCAGAGCCACGGGGGGAACGUCCUUGUAGCAGCGUUUACUUCUUACACCUGUAUGUUUUUCUUAUGUUAAAUAAAAGGACCGGAAGCGAAAGAAGAUAAAUGACAUCCGUGUGUUUUUGAUACCUGAGGCUAAGUGCCACACCUUCGCUCAGCUCGACAGGCGGUCUCAUCCUUCCAAACUCGGGUCCUCUACCAGCGGCUGUCCUCUGUUGUUUGUCCACCAUCACAAUGUCUGAUCAGUUUUGAGUCAGCACAUGUCACAUCAUGAUGCAUUGAUUAAAUGCCUCUCAACACAUCUGGCCAAAUGGGGUGCCAAUGCUGCCGGAUGAUAAAAAGCUGCAUCUAUGACCCCUCUGUGGCAGCGGAUGUCAGAAAAGGCCAUUCUACAGGCAGCUCCCUCCACCGGCCCCACCACCGUACGGGUGGAGCCCGCAGCCGAGACCCACACGGCAGCCACGUCAAGCAGAAGCAGGGCUUCCACAACCUGGGCUACAGCGACAGCACGCUCAAGCUGGAGUUUGACAACAACCACGUCAACCAGAGGCUUCACUCUGCGCCCACACUUGCAAAGGAGCAGCGCCAGCAGGCGAGUGCACUGCCUGCAGGGGGGGGGCCGUACAUCAUCCAGCCAGAGGUUGUAAGUCCCCAGUGGGUGGACAGAGGUCAGAGCCAGGUUCCCGUCUAUCCCAGCGUACAUGAGAACCAGCAGGAACACGGAGCUACCAGGAAUGGGUGGGACAGCUCCAACAGCACAUCCAAGAGCGCGAGCCCAUCGGUGGACGAAACCGACGAGGGCGUGGGAGGGACGCCGGAGUACCUGUGCAACACGGGAGACGAGGGUAGCGUCUUGUCUGUGGACAUCCACACCAGCACCACCAGCUUGUCCUCAGGUGGCACGAGGGACGAACUGACACUGGCUAAGACUCCAGACUUUUCUACAGAAGAGAGCGGGAUCUCGGUGUCAAAGAGUGAGGAGGACGUGGCGGUGAGGAGCGAUGAGGAGGAGGUCCAGAGCAUCACAGACUCAAUGGUGGCAGAGGCCCUCGCUGCUUUAGAGGCUGCCACCGCUGGAGAGGAUUAUGAGUGACAGAAAACCACAGAUCAGAUGGACUUCAGGACUGCCAUGAAACUUUGCCAAAGUUUUAACAAGGAACUUUCUAUCUAAGCCUCUGAAGCUAAUGAAGGAACGCUGUGUUUACAGUGAAGAGCAGGUUUAUUUUUAAACUCGUGGACACGUGUUUUUGUUUCAUUUCGGAGGUGGAACAUCAUGCUGGUCCUGUGAAGGCCACAAGCUCCAGCUUUUGCCAGUAGUUAGUGUAUUUAACACUCCAGUCUCCAACAGCCCCGUUACUGCUUUUGCCAUGCUCAUAAUGGCAUUUUAUUGGUUUUUAUUACAAAAGUCAAUGUUUCCAUAGUCCAGGCUUCCCCUCUCUUUAUGAAUAUCUUCAUUACACCAAACAGGUGGAGCAAGUAAAGGUCACCGAGUUAUUUUUUUCCACCCACCUCUCCGUUUGUUUCUACCUUGUGUUUUCUUGGGAUUCGUGCGAUCUUGAAAAGGUUAGAUUCAGAAGCUGGCUAAUUUUGUUUUAUUUAUCUUUGUCUCUGAUAUCAGAAUUGGACAACGAAAGUAACAUGCAACUAUGUACAUAUCAUGAUUUGAUGUAAACAAUUCAUGAUUUUACUGUUUUAAGUCAUUUUUGGUAAAAAUACAUCUUUCAUUUCUGAGUUUUUGCAGCAUGCAUUUAGGAAGCCAAGAAAAGGUCAACGUCUGCACACAGAAACCACUCUGGAGUCAUCAAUUCAUCCCGCUUGCUCUGCUUUUUUUCAUCUUUCAGUUUUAUAGGUCAAACUAUGAAUUUCUAGUCUGGCCUGUGACAUAAGUUCAGCUCAUGUGCCUUGUAAUGAACUAUUUGAGGCUGGAGGGAGCUGGAGAAACAUGCUAAAUAAAUGGUUUGCUAUAUGAAAACUAAACAGAUUUAUGAAGAUUUCCCUUUAUGAUCAAAUUCCUGCCAAAUCAUUUCUACGUGUAUUUGUAUUGUAAAAAAUAAAUAAAAGUACAGUAAAAUAAGUGUGACUGUUUGGUUUAUAAAUAUAUAUGUAUAUAUAUAUCACUUAGCUAGUUAGCUAGCUAUAUAUUAGCUCACUAAUGAAUUAGCUCCCCAAGGAAAACGAGACAGUAAAAAUAAUAUUUAAAAAAUAAGUACAAGUUUUUUAUUUUAAAUGUUUUAACUUUUUUAGGUUAUUUUGUGUUGAAGAUAAAGAUUGCACAUGUUGUGUUUUCUGACAAUGCUAACAACAACUUAGCAUAGCAAUGCUUUUAUCUGGAUUUAAACACCUUAGCAACCUUAGCUUUAUUUUACGAGAUAUAAUCUCACACUCAACUUUUCAUGUGUGAGGCGUGAUGAGUUUGGGAUUUUUGGUGUCUUAUUUUAGCGAUUUUCUUCCCUUUUUUUGUCUCUGUGCUGCCAGCCAGUCAGCACCUUGCAAUCCUAUCCAUUCAUGUAUCAGUCCAGCUGCUUCCUGUUCCAGCAUUCAUUCCUCCUUGUAUGAGGAGGUCUUCAUAUCCCUUUAAAUCCUACAGUUCUGUAUGUUUUAGUGUUUUGCAGCCAUUUGUUUUCAUCAGGCCCAUUUCUUCUAUCGGAACUUCCGGGUAAUUUUAUCAAACCUCCACAUUCGUGUCUUCCUUUUAAAUGGGCGGCCCAAAAGGAUCGAUCCCCGGGACAUUUCAGGGACCAAAUGAGAACUUGUAUUGGGGUCAAGCUGCUGGGCAGCCGCAGAACUUGUGGUUGGCUCAUGCUGAUUGGUUGUAACUUGG